AUGACGUUUUAUACUUUCAACCUGGCGCAUAGGUUCCGCCCUUGCUACUCCACUCUGGUCGGCCAUUCAAGGCAAGCACAGAGACGAGAGCCAGAAGGGCCAUCUGGAAUAGAGCUGAGGCUAAGAAGCCGCACUGUAGAGAGAGAUAACUACGCUACGGAGUGUUUACCCUGCCUAGUAAGACAGCACGCCUCAGAAAACGCUAGAACAGUGUUCGUGGCCCUUGGAAUAGACCCGCCAGACUUCCCAGUCCCUAAAGGGAAGUACCGGCUGGGCAACUACCUCUUGGACGUAGAAGACCUGUCGAAGACAGGCGUGUACGGCGAAUACCAUGGAAUAGGCUACGUAGUGAAGGACGGGCAGAACAUUGCGUGCAUACGAAUGUCCGUUAAGUUCGAACCGAUUGACAACUUUGGCUCUUUGCCGGCGCUGUAUGGUUAAUGGGGUAUAUAUUUAGUUACAAAUUUUAUCUCAUUUCGCUGUCCCCCCUAAUAUUCAUUAAACGAAAGAUACAGCGUACAAAAUUAAAA